AUGGAGAUGCCCCUUCCUCGCCACACCGCCAUCGUCUCCAGGAGGAGCAGAGCUCUCUUGCUGCUUCUCUCCCUCUCUUUGGAGAUGACAUUUGCGGCGCAACGCCAAAGAAUCAGACAGAAACCAGGAAUAUGCCCUGAAGAGAGACUCAAGUGUCAGACUAAGAUUCAAAGAUCGUGUGCAGGGGAUUAUGGCUGUGAGGAACACUUGAAGUGCUGCCAAUUUGCCUGUAGGAAGAAGUGCAUGGAUCCAUACGAAGAACCCUGCAUGCUAUCAUUCGAUCAAGGAAACUGUAAGCAUUUUGAUAGGCGCUGGCAUUAUGAUUUAAAAAAUUUGUUAUGCAAACCUUUUAAAUAUGGAGGCUGUGAUGGAAAUUCCAACAACUUCCUCAGCAAGGAAGACUGCAUGAAGGCUUGCUCGUUAACUGUCAAGAAAGGACAGUGCCCACUCUUUCCUUCCAAGGACCGUAUGCAAUGUUCGGGUUCGUGUAAGAGUGACAAUGAUUGCGCUGAGAAUGAGAAAUGUUGUGAAUCCAUGUGUGGCUUUGUUUGUUCCGUCUUCUGGAUAGUCAAAACAGGUUCCUGCCCACCAAAGCCCCCAACAUGUCUAAAGAUUGAUAAACCCCAGUGCCAGAGAGAUGAGGAUUGCCAGUUGGGGGACAAGUGCUGCUCACGUUGUGGACUAAAGUGCCUGGAACCACGGACAGGCCAGCUCUUCUUCAGAAUGGUGUCUUCUGGACUUUUGAGGAUCCUGGUGGUAUCCAUCCUUCUAGAGAAUGUCCAAGGAUUUAGUCUGACUAACUUGUUCUCUCCAAAGAGAUGCCCCAGAAUCCGAGAGAAAUGCCAAUUCAAAGAAAGGGAUGAAUGUUCGAAGAACAAAACCUGUCCGGACAAGAAGAAGUGCUGUGUCUUCAACUGUGGGAAAAAAUGUUUAGACCUCCAACAAGAUAUAUGCAGUUUGCCGAAAAAUCCUGGUCCCUGCAUGGCUUUUUUUCGUCGUUGGUGGUAUGAUAAGAAGAAUGAUACCUGUUCCACGUUCAUCUAUGGUGGCUGCCAAGGAAACAAUAACAACUUCCAAACCAAAGACCUGUGUCAGAAUAUGUGCUCCAAAAAACACACGUGUCCCAAAAUCAAAGUACAUUGUGAUACGAACGAAAUAAACCAAUGUCUAAAGAGCAGACAAUGCCCAGAGAAGAUGAAGUGUUGCAACUUUAACUGUGCAAGGAAAUGUUUAAACCUCAAACAAGACAUAUGCAGUUUGCCAAAGGUAGUUGGCCCCUGCCUGGCCUUCUUUCCACGCUGGUGGUAUGAUAAGGAAACUCAGGCAUGCUCCAAAUUCAUCUAUGGUGGUUGCCUAGGGAACGAUAACAACUUCCAAUCUGAAUCUAUCUGCAAGACCAUCUGCAAAAAAAAGAAAGUAAGCCAAUCGACUCACCAUCAGAAUCACCAACCGAGUGUCUCCCCAGAAGAUUGCAAACUUCCAAUGGAAAAGGGCCCUUGUCGAGCCAAACUCCCACGGUGGUUUUACAACUCAUCAACUUAUGGAUGUAUGCUGUUUCACUUCGGAGGCUGCAAUGGCAAUGGGAACAACUUUUUGAAGAAAGAUGCAUGUGAGAAAACGUGCAAGAACAUCUGAUUUCCUCAUAAGAGCACAGUAUUCCCUGGAGUCAGGAUUGCUCUAUGGCAA